AUGGAUCACUACUCUACGCCUUCGGGUCAUCAAUACCCUCCGCCCCCUCCCAGCCCUUACCGCCAGCUUGAACAGCAGGGAGCAGGACAGUCAACGCCCCAUGGUCUGCACGAUGCUUCACUCAGUAGAGCCAAUUCCGUUCCGUCGUCAAUUCACCAGCCCAUGCCUGCCCAGGACAACUUCGGAAGAGGGCUGCCUCCAGCGGCUCCUCAACAAGCCCACUCGUAUUUCCCACCCCCGCCGGCUUCGUACUCGGCCCCUCCAGGAUCAACAUCACUGCCAGUGCCCGGUCAGGCGCCAGCAGCUCCGAGUGUCGCGUCUAAUCAUCAUACAUACGCUCAACCCGCUCAAGCAUGGCAGCCAUCGGCCCAAUGGCAAUCUCCUGCUCAUCAUCAAUAUCAUCAGGCCGAUCACGGAUCAUACGGACAGCAGGGUUAUAGCCUACCCCCGCAGCAACAGCAGCAACAACAGCCGCCACAGCGGCCGCCAAAUCAACAGCGAAUGUCCCUGUCCUCGUUUUCUGGGAAGAAAACAACAGCAUGGCUGAAGAAGAAUGUUUCGCCCCACCUGACGGAAGUCGCAAAGAGCUCGCUCGUCAAGGGAAGCAUCAAGGAGCUGGAAAACGCAUACACAGCGGCCAAGGGCAUGAGUGCGAGAUACUCGAGCCCUCCCUCAUCGAACUACAACAUAUCGACGAUAAAGCCCCCCAGCGCGGAAAAUCAAACCCCUCAGCCGUGGAGCCCUGCCCAUGUCAGGGCUCCUAACGCUCCCAUGCAGCAACAGCAGCAGCCGCAACCUUAUAGUGCGUCAACUGCUCCCCUAAAUGCCCAACAUCAGUCGACUGCGGCUGCGUACAGCCCUGCAACCCCUCACAACCUGGCCCAAGCCAGUCAUUACCAACAGCCGGCGCUGGCACCUUACAACCCACCGUCCGAACAGAUGACUACACCAGCAGUGUAUACCUUGCCAGUUCAGCAUCAAUCGGUGCCCGUCACUCAUCCGUCCACGCAGAACUCCGUCACUCAACAACACCAUGAAAUCCCAUUUAUCCCGUCGCCAGUUCAACAUCACGCCUCAAUCCCUGCAUAUCCUUCACCAAGCCCAAAAUUAUCAGUCUCGCCACUAAGCGGUUCGCCUGCUCAGCGGUACCAGACCACCCCCUCCAGCCCGCCGAUCCAACAUCAAUCGGAAUCGUCUGCGACAGUGUCUCCAUCCCACAAUCCAGCCAUCAGCAGUCCAGCGGGUUCAACUUCCCCAGCUCCAAUCACCCGAAAACCCGUCGGUGCCGUUCAACGCCAGGACUCUGGCCGACGGCCUAUCUCCCAGGCAGUCUCUCCUGUCACGUCGAUCCUGCCAGCCAAGGCAGCGGACCGAUCUCAAGGUUACAUUCUCUCUAUCGACCACGAGAGAAAGAAGGCAAUACGUUUCAUUCCCGGUCCUGACGGUAAUGAUCGGUAUGUCGUCGAAGAUCUCCCUGGCUCCGUGCCAAGUGAGGCCCCUGCGGAAUUGCCGCCUACUCCUCAUGUUCCAGAAUACAAGCCACUGCACGUCGACGCUUCUGCAAUUAACCAAGAGCCUGUCGAGCUUUAUGCGCCGCCAUCGAUCCCCAUCGCAGCGCCAAUCUUGCCACAAGAGCCAGCGGCAACAUCUGCAUCAGCCACGCCACCAGUAGCAGUAUCAUCUCCAGCUACCACUAUUGCGCCAGCACCACCGCCGGCGAUCCAAGACUCAACCCCUACCGCAAUUUUGAUACCAGCCCCGGCGUCAUAUCAAGAGUCGUUACCUGUGCCUAUCACAGCGCCAAUUCCAAAGCCAGCUUUUGCAUUACCAUUCUUGCCGCAGGUCUACGACGCUCCAGCUUCAAGUAUCGACCAGCGAGAGCCACAUUGGAAUCCACAGUCAUCAACCACCCAACCUUACUCCCUGCCAGUCUCAAACCCCGGCGACAGUAGCCUGGUUCCUCCACCUCUGUUUGGUGCGGCAUAUUCCCAAGAGGCUGUGAGACUCUCGGAGCCUGUGGCGCCAGCUCCUCCACCGAUUCCGAAGAAGAAAGGUUUCAUGUCGAAGCUCAUUUCAGCUGUGUCUCAAAUCCAGCUAGCGGACCAGCCUGCUUCUAUAACGCCCCAAGGAUAUGGCAUGGAGAUUGAGGACCCUACGUAUGAACCCCUCGCAUUUGCGACGCCGGUCACCACAACGAACACCCCAAGCUCACCUCUUCGCGUCUGCCCCCAGACCCGUGUUGUCAACUAUCAAACAACCUGGCAUCAUCUCAGAGGCUGUGCCGAUUUUGGCAUCUGUAGCUGGUGCUUCAACACGUAUAUCGGUUCUUCACAGUUGACCCACGAAUUCGACAGUGAGAUCAAGUCCGGGUUGAUGUGCCGCUUCAACGUCCCGCGAAUAACGAAGAGCCUCUGGCCAGAAGCUAAGCAGACGGCAAAUUUGGGGUUAUUACGGGAUUACAUAUCUCGCCGUCCCUCUGUCCCUGCCUGCACCAAGGCUGCAGGGGCUGUCGGCACGGAUGGGGUCAAAUGGUUUGGCCUAGCCGCUGGCGAGCUCGGCAUGGUGGCCUGCGAGGCCUGUCACGAGGACAUCGUUCUCGGCACGGCGUUCGCCGGCCGCUUCUGUCCUCUGAAGCAAGUCCAGGGCGCGUCGGAGCGAUGGACCUGCACCAUCAGCUACUCCUAUGUCAGCCGUGCUUUGCAGAUACUAUCGAGGCGAAGGGACCAGGAUACCGCUUGGGCGGAAUUUGUCGAAGCAGCGAAGAAGCGCAUGACACUGCCAGCUUGCGAGGGCAAGGACAUCAACGCCUUACAAUGUAACUGGUAUCGUCCGAAGCAAUCAGUAGCAAACCUCGACUUUUGCGAGACGUGCUACCUAGAUCAGCUCGCCAUGACACCCUACGCCGACGACUUUGCGGAUACGGCAGAGGGCGUAGAGGAGAAGCUCUGCAUGCGCGCCUGUGACCUGCAACUCAUCAACCUCGGCGAAUGCGUCUACCUGGCAAGAACCAAGGGCCUGCGUGUUCAAGUCAUCCUCCAGGCAGCGGCCAAGAUUGCUUCAAGCCCGCGCUGCUUCAAGGGCACAGGAAUCACCGACGGCAAGUUUUAUAACUUCAAGAGCGGCAGCGCAGCAAAUUUUGGCGUGUGUGAGGCAUGCCAUGCAGGCAUCCUCGUGCAGCACGGCGUCGAGGCAUUUUUUGGGUCUGAGCCACAGCUCGUCGCCGGUACAGCGUGGUGCGCUUUCAACCCCAGUGUAGCACGCUUCAAUGGCCUCGUCGAUCGUUGGCAGCAAGCCUCGGAGACAGGCUACUGGGGUGCCUACGAGACGUGGGUGAAGAAUUACGCCGCGCUGCCGGUCUGUCCGAACUUCAAUCUGGCGGCGAAGAGCAAGUGGUAUGGCUGGCAGGACUGCACCAUAUGCCCAGAAUGCUAUGAAACAGCCGUCGAAGGAACCUCUCUGGCUGCCAGCAUGGAGCUGCAUGACGCUCUCAUCGAGGGGGAGACGCUUUGUUGCAUGUACUCGGAUCGCAUGAGGGGCAAGUACAGAGAAGCCUGCGAGGCGGGAGACGCGACGGAACUGCGUGCGUUUUGCCGAAAGCGCUGGGAGACUUAUCAGCAGACCGUGCCGAGGUUCAAGAUGAUCUAUGAAAUGCAAAGCAUGCAGUCAGCAAUGGCCAUGUCGAACAUGAUGCUCAGCAUGUCAUACCAGCAUGCGAAUGCCAUGAGCGACUGGGUCACUCCUACUGGAUAUGAAUACGGCAACAGCAGCGUGGGAUACCACUCGUCGCAGUAUGGGGUCGACAGCGCCGAGGCGUGGAACAAAGGUCAGGCAGGGUUUGCGCAGGCGAGGGGAGGCGUUGCCGAAGCAAGCUAUCUCAAGGAUAUAUGGCAGGCUGUGGAGUAGUUCCGUGCUGUCUGUAGUGAAGGUCAAGGGGGAAACGUAUGCAAGUUUAUGAGCCUGAGGAAGCUCAGCUCUUUGUACCUUUGCGGGCUAACUCAAUCAUCGUUUACAAUAAAAGGUGAUCACAGUGGUCCAUGUGCAUUUUACGAUGCGAAAUGAAUGUCAUUGAUUGUUGCU